GAUAGCAAGCAUACGGAAAGCCGAUUGUAGCUGGCUGCUUUAGAAACACGCUAGGCGCGCUGAUCUUCGAUACUCGAAGUCUUUGGGAACUUCAAGACCUGUUGGCAAGACGUUAUUGUGCUGUGAAUGUCUUCAAGCUUUAAGCAGUUUGAAUAACGUGAAUAAUACACUGCAACAAAGAAAAACGCUUGUUUCGAAAUAUUCAAAGCUUUUACAAAAGCGAAGGAAAACUAACAUUUUCUAAAUAUGUUAAGCUAUAUGAUGUGGGUCGUGUAAAUUAUGUGACACUCGGAACAAGAAUAGUUUUUGCAUAGUUUUGACAAAGGAAGCUUCAAGCAGGGAAAUAACGUGUAUUUAUCCAUUUGUAAAACAGCGUUUGAAAGAACAACAACGAUAAUAAUGGAGUAUAACCGCUCGAAUGUAAAUCAAAGCGCGAUCGUAAUAAUGGAGUCUAACCGCUCGAAUGUGGAUCAAAGCACGAUCGUUAAGCCUGAUUUUUCUGGAACGUACGUUGCCAUCUCUGUGGUAUGUCUGCUGAUGGCGGCAGUUAUAAUCUCCCUCAACGGUCUGGUCAUCUUUAUCAUAGCUCGACAGAAAGACAACAACAGGCUUCACUUCUUCAUAUUACAUAUUGCAAUUGCUGACCUUUGUGUUGGCAUAGUAUGCGUAUUUUGCGAGGGGAUAUUCUACGGUAUUCUGCGAAAUGAGUGGUACUUGGGUGACGUCAUGUGUCGCAUUUGGCAGUAUUCUACGUUUGUGGUCCUAAUUGUGUCUAACAACCUUCUCAUCGGAAUGAGCGUGGACCGAUACUUGGCUGUACGGUAUCCAUUGAGGGCAAUAACCGGAGGGUACCGGCCAUACAAAGCCAUAAUUAUCGGCUCAUGGAUAAUUGCCCUUCUGAUUCCUGUAUGGACUUUCCCGUACAUUGGCAUAGCUUCAUACCACUGUUCCGUUGAUUUCAAAACCUACAUUGGGUGGCAGCUAUAUGUCUGGAUCACACUGCUGCUUGUGUUUUUCAUCCCAUUCCUAGCUGUCUCCGUUUGUUAUGUCGGCAUCUCGGUUGUCGUAUGGAAUCAUUGGCGGAAAAGAGGAAAUCUCACGGAAAUUACUGAAAUGAACACUACGCUAAAAGAAUCAACUUUCCCGUCACGUCAAAAAUCCAUGAACGAGGGUUUACUACCAAAAGCCAGAAUAACAACAAUAAAGAUGACUUUGAUAAUAUGCCUUACGUUCUUCAUUUGCUGGCUGCCGGCUACAGUGUUCAGCACUAUGGACUUAUACGGCAUAAAUGAGCUUGACCGUCGCUACUAUAUGGUCCUGCAGCGCUUAUAUCCACUCAACAGUGCGUGCAAUCCAAUUAUAUUCUUGUUGUUCAGCAAGCAAUUGUUGCCAUGCGGGUCGCCAAAGUCUUCGAAAGCGACAAGAUGUUAUGAAAGUAUCGAAACAACGAAAACCACAUUAUGAAUAAUGAUAUCGUUAAAAACUGGUUCGGCACUUUGCGUAAAAGCACAGACUUGAACAACAAAACGGCGUUACUGAGAUAAGUGACAUUAAAAUACCUGCAUCGAAAAAAACGUAAUUACUCAAAAGUAUAUUUUGAUAAUUAACCAGUAAAAAGGAGCACAAAGGAGCAGCAACACUAUGUUCAGUCGACGCUAAAUUGUUUUAUCGAACGUCUCUACUAAACAAACUUAAACAGGUCAAAACUUUCAACAAGAAGACAGAAAUACAGACGUGUUCCCUUUCACAAAAUGCGUAAUAAAAUUAAUCUCAAAAGCA